UUGAUUCUGGGGAACUAUUUACUAUUAAAAUGAUGGACAACUCAGUUAUUCUACUGCUCUGGUUACAGUUUGUUAAGAUCUCAAAAAGUUUCCAUUGUAUACUAGUGGAUAAACAAACAACUACAGUUUUUAUUGAAUGGAAUGAAUUUCCUAUGGGAGGACAUCCUGAAUUUUAUGUUUUAAAAUAUCAGCUUAUUAAUGAUUUUGCACAAAAGAAUAUCAAAAGCAUUCUUGCAGACCCACAAAAGCUUCAGAAAUCAAUAAUAACACUAGAGGAAAAUGAAGACUAUCACAUCAUUAUACAAUCCAUUAAACACGGAAAAAUUUUAAGUGAAAAGUCAUUCCAAACCUGUGGACUCUCAUCUAGAAAUAUUAAAACAGUAGCAACAAGUACAAGUGUUACUUUUAACUGGAGUAUGCUGCCUUUCAGUGACUUUUCUGUGUCAAUAUCCCUUCAUAAUUUUUCACAAAUAAUGCAAAAUAAUGUUAUGCUUUAUGAGUGGAGUAAUUUGAAACCUGCAACUUUAUAUACUUUUACGUUUGAAUUUAAACAAUUGCAUUUGGAUUUUGUAAAUAUAUUUCAGAGAUUGGAUAUUCAAGUUGAAACAGGUUCAUGUUCACAAGGAUGGGUAGCCUUAAAAAACAACUGUUACAGAAUUAGCAAAGAGAGUAAGCCAUGGAAUAUAGCCCAACAGCAUUGUAAGUUAUUCUUAAGUUCUGCACACCUUGUGGAUAUAAAGAAUGAAGAGGAAAAAAAAUUCAUAUUUUCACAUCUCAGAUCAAAGAAUCAAAUAAUAAUAUGGACUGGUCUUAAUGACAUAAAGAAAGAAGGCCAUCUCACAUGGACAGAUGGAUCACCUAAUGGACUUAUGGAAAAUGAAAUAUUUUCUUUUCCAAUGUUACCCCAAAAUGAAACAGAUUGCUAUAUUUUACAGCAAAAUGCAACUGGAUCAAACUAUUUCUUUACAAGAUUUUUCUGUUAUGUUCCAUUGCCAUGUAUUUGUGAAUAUGAAUUACCUUCUGUACAGGAAAACUUUUUGUUCUAUAUAAAGGAGAUUGGAACAACUGAAGUUGUAUUUAGUUGGAAUAAUUUGAAUGGCCUCAACAAUUUGAAUAAGUGGCUGAUACUGGGAUAUAAGAUAAUCAUCAAGUAUUAUUUAGAUUAUGCAGAAGAAAAUUUUGAAAGCAUGCACCCAAAUACAACAGAAAAAGCAAUUACCCAACUCUCUCCUGGCCGUACUUACAGAUUUUUACUCUUCGCAAUAAAUGAAUGGGAGGCAAAAACUACUCUAAGUCCAGUAUUCAUAGUAGAAACACGCCCAUUAUCAGCCCGGAAUUUCAGUGUUACACGUGUGACUCCAGCAGAAAUAUACUUAAAGUGGGAUCCUCCAUAUCCUGUAUCUUUUCACCAUUAUCUUGUGACUAUUUUGGAUGUUGAAAAUAAUAAAUCAGAAGAGCUGGUUGUUGAAAAAUUCAACAAAACAAUGAUAAUAGGGGAUCUCAGAUCUUUUCAUCCUUAUCUGAUAUAUCUAUUCAGUGUAGCAGAAAGAGGAACUUUAAGCUGUUUUGAGAAACCUAUUUCAACCACUACAGGUAUUAAUCCACCUCAGAAAGUUUAUAUUAUACCAGAAGAUGUGGGUGAGGACAGUAUAAUUCUUCAGUGGGAACCCUCACAAGAUGGACAUGAUGUUUACAUUCAAACCAAAUCCAUAUCAGAUACAAGUGAGAUCAUGGAGUUUUUUAUAAAGGAUGCUAAUAGAUUAAAGAUUGAUAACUUAAUCCCUGGAAUGACAUAUGACAUUGGAGUGGCAACAGCGAUCAAUGGGAACUUGAGUGAGCUGGUAGCUAUUCAACAAACUCUAAUGGUAGCCUCAGGACCUGGAGCAAUUUGCAUCUCUUUUCUCCUGAAAAUUCAUGCUUGCCAAGUACAUCAUUGUUUUAUGAUUAUGAACUUGACAGCAGACUCACUGUGCUUAGCUCUGAACCUGAAUUCCACUAUUUGAAACCCAAACCAGUUCAGAUUGUUAUCCCCUAUGAAAGUCAUGGUACCUCUGUAAUCUUAUUUGUUCAAAUGCCUGAUAUUGGAGUGUUUGAUGGCAUACAUAUUAUAACUGAAGGAGGGCCAAAUGUAACUAU